AUAGUAACAUCCGGGUGCUGGCUAUUUGGUGACGUCAGACAGGAAGUGUUUAGUGACAGACAGUCAGCUGACCGCUAGCAACAACAGCUAAUACAUCGGGCGAAGAUGGCCUACCCAAAGUCCCACAACCCAUUUGCAGAUGAUGACGAUGACGAGAGCUUCCAGCCUGCGGAUACGGACGGCGUCGGCGGACUGAGCGACGCAGAGAGGAGACAGCGCUACCUUCAGCAGGAAGUGAUGCGCACAGCUCAGUCUGCGGUCGACAGCAGUUACCGUUCCGUCGGCCUGAUCUACGAGUCUGAGAAAAUGGGUGUGGAAACGGCAGAGGAGCUGAUGCGUCAGGGGGAUGUUUUAAAAAGAACAGACAAAAUGUUGGACAAUAUGGAUGAGGACCUGAAGACCAGCCAGAAGCACAUCAACAGCAUCAAGAGUGUUUGGGGCGGCCUGGUCAGCUACUUCAAGGGCAAACCUGAGCAACCCAAACCUCCGCCAGAGGAGCCUAAACCCUACCGGGCCAAUGAAAGAUUAGAGAAUGCCUUGUCCACCAGUAGGGGGCAAGAAGACAAGUACCAAGCAAGCCAUCCUAACCUAAGAAAACUGCAAACAGAAGGGUUCGGGGCCAUGGCAACCGUCGACGGCAGCUCUGCCGCACAGAACGGAUAUCCUCAGAACAAAUACCUUCGACAAGCUCACCAGACCUUGGACAACAAUUUAGAUGAAAUGGCAGACGGCUUAAGCCGCCUGAAGAACCUCGGUUUGGGUCUCCAAUCUGAGAUUGAUAGCCAGGACGACUCCAUCAAUUCCCUGCUCAACAAAGUAGACAAGAUGGACUCCAAGAUCAGUAAUACAAACCAACAGAUGAAAAGGCUUAAAUAAAACUAAAUCUUUGGGCUUUGGACCUCACAUACAGCCAACAAGUUGUCAUAUGAUUUCCAUCCAAGCCCAAUUAAAUAUAAACUCUCCAUUUUUGUUCUGCGCUUAUUUUUUAGGUGUGUAUAAAUCUUGUUAGGUGUGUAUAAAUCUUGUAUUUUUUUUUUAAUACCCUUACAGUCAGCCACUGGCACACAUUCUACCAUAUUUGUGUGCAUUAAAGGGAAGACUUGACUAUUUGCUUUCAUUAAUACAAGUGAAUCCCAAUGAAUUAGAAUUUGAGUAGUUCAAAUUCUACCAAAUAAAACGUAUUAACUACACACAUUGAAAUAGUUGAUCAUUUCCCCCAUUCGGCUGAUCAUAUCUUCACAAAAACACAAAGAAUUUAUAAUAUUACAUAAGAAAUCAAAUGAAUUUUUAUCUACAUCUUACGUAGAAAUUUGCUAUCUGAAAAGCGUUUCAGUUAAUGUUAUAAUAAUUGUAUUAGUUUGACUUUUUUAAUUGAACUACCAAAAUAAAACUGUUUUGGGAUUCACCUGUGCUUCCAAACAUGUACUUUGUAAACAAACAUGCUGCCUUAGUAUUCUAUAUAUUCACCUGAUGGUGUUUUUUUUUUUUUUUUUUUUUUUUUUUUUUUUUUUUUCAUAUCCAGUAAGCACUUUGAUCUUUCUGCUUCCUGCCCCCAAAUGUUUACUCAUUACUGAGCCUUUUUUGGAUUCAGAUCACUUUGAAUGUCAUAGUGUUGUAAUAAUGAGCGGCUAAUGUAUGUAAUGUAAUGUCAAUGACCUGGAAUCAUUGAGUAUGACAUUAAAGGUGAAGGAAUACCCUC